UCCAUAUUCUCUCUCGUCUCCAUACCGAUAGUCGUCACUCCACUGAGAAAGAAAGAAAAGCCAUUGGGAUUCUAAGAAACUGACAAAAUCCCAGAAACAAGUUGACGACAUGAUCCUUAGUACUAAACAUAGUAUCACCGUUCUUUGAAUUAAGCGUGCAGAUUGAGAGAGAUUGAUGAAUGGGGAAAACCGGGAGAGAUUGUGCGCAGAUCUACGCGAUUUACGGCGUCGACGAUUGGCAGACGACAGUUUUCCUCGUCCUCCACGCGGUGUUCUUCUCGGCGCUCUCUGUGGUUUUCCUGGUUUACUUUGAGCCCAUUUGCGUGUUUUUCGAGAGGUUAGUGCCGGGCAGUUCGGGGGCGGCGAGAUUCGCGGCGGGAUUUACGGGGUCGGUUACCGCACUUUCCGCGGUGUGUUUGUUUUACGCGGCGGGGAACAUGUUUUACUCCUCCGUGUCGCUGCGGUGGGAAAUGGCGCAGCGGAUGGUGGGGGCCGUGGGGGACUGGGCGUGGGUGAAGCACGCGCUGGAUCUGGGGUGUGACGACCGGGGGAUCCUGCUCAACGCGGUGGCUCUCCAGUUGAAGAAAGCGGGGUCGUCGGGUCGGGUCGUGGGUUUACACCCGGCCGGGACCCGGUCCCUCGCGGCGCUCCGCACCGCGUGUAUGGAGGGGGUGCAGGAGUACGUGACGUGUCGAGCGGGGGACCCGCGGAGAGUGCCGUUCGGGGACGGCGCCUUCGACGUGGUGGUGUCGGCGGCGUUCGUGCACAAGGUGGGGAAGGAAUUUGGGCCGAGGACGGCGGCGGCGGCGGCGGAGCGGAUGCGGGUGGUUGGGGAGGUGGUGAGAGUGCUGAGGCCGGGCGGGGUUGGGGUGGUGUGGGACCUAGUGCACGUGCCGGAGUACGUGAAGAGAUUGCAUGAACUGAAAAUGGAGGAGAUUCGGGUGUCGGAGAGGGUGACGGCGUUCAUGGUUAGUAGCCAUAUGGUGUCGUUUCGGAAGCCCAAUCACCCUAUCCUACCCUCCAACCAAGUCACAUUAGACUGGAGAUUCAAUGAUAUUUGUUGAAUUUUUGGAUAAUCAUAUCCAAACUUUUACAAGUUAUUAUAGAUUUCAAUUCCUUUAAAAAAAAAUGGAAAGAAUUGACAA